UAGCCUGAGUAUCAUAACGCUUCUCCGAUCGCUGCUCUUAGUUCUUUCCAAAACCCUCUCUUCCUUCUUUCCAAAACCCUGUCUUUCUCAUGGAGAUAAAUCUCGGAAAGCUCCCCUUCGAUGUCGAUUUUCACCCUUCCACUUCUCUCGUGGCUGCAGGUCUCAUCACUGGCGAUCUUCACUUAUACCGCUACGCUGAAGAUUCUCAGCCGCAAAGGUUGCUCGAUGUUCAUGCUCAUGGCGAAUCUUGUAGAGCUGUUAGAUUCAUUGAUUCUGGCCGCGCAAUUUUGACGGCAUCUCCUGAUUGCUCAAUUCUUUCUACCGAUGUUGAAACUGGAACUUCCAUUGCUCGUUUGGAGGAUGCACACGGGGCUGCGGUGAAUCGCUUGAUUUGCUUGACAGAGAAGACUGUUUCAUCUGGAGAUGAUGAUGGAUGCAUAAAGGUAUGGGACACUCGUCAGCGUUCCUGCUGCAACUCUUUCAACGCCCAUGAAGAGUACAUCUCUGAUAUGACGUUUGUUUCUAAUUCUAUGCAAGUCUUGGGAACAAGUGGGGAUGGGACACUAUCUGUUUGCAAUCUCCGGAAAAAUAAGGUCCAAACUCGGUCUGAGUUUUCUGAAGAUGAGCUCCUGUCUAUCGUCACGAUGAAGAAUGGAAAAAAGGUUAUAUGUGGAACUCAGACUGGAGCUCUGUUGCUGUAUUCGUGGGGCUAUUUCAAGGAUUGCAGUGAUCGUUUUCUUGGGCACCCAAUGUCGGUUGACACGUUGCUGAAGCUUGAUGAAGAUACACUCAUUUCUGGAUCAGAGGAUGGAGUCAUUAGGUUGGUUGGCAUUUUACCAAACAGAAUAAUUCAGCCUGUCGCUGAGCAUUCAGAAUAUCCAAUUGAGCGCCUAGCUUUCUCACACGACAGGAAGCAUCUUGGCAGUAUUUCACAUGAUCAAAUGUUGAAGCUUUGGGAUUUGCAUGAGCUGUUGGAAGGUCGGCAAAAUGCUGUGAGGAAUGAGGUAGUCGCGGCUGAUAGUAAUGAUGAUGAGAUGGAUGUUGAUAUUAAGGCCCCAAAAUCUUCCAAAGGAUCCAAGAGAAAGAAGGGAAAGGGCCAAGGUUCUAGCAAGCCAGAUGCUGGUUUCUUUGCGGACUUAUAGUAAAUGGUUUCUGUAAUUUCACUGGACUAGAGUAAUUUGUGAGCUCAUUUUUCUUUAAGAGAGACGCGUAUUUUAUUUAUACUUUAUUUUCUUUAUGGUAGAUUUCAUUGCUCGGGGUUUGCAUGUAAGGAAUUAUUUGCAAUGGUUUAAUUGUUCUCCUUGCUUUUUGAAUGCCCUUUGUUAGGGGCCACAACCGAAAUGGACAUCUAGCACAGUUUUACAAA